ACAGAGGAGGGAUUUUACCGUCACCGGGGCCAGAUAGUGACUUCCAUUAAAAGCUAGCAGAGUAUUUCAUUUCGGCCUGCAAGGUUCAUCCUUGCAAUAUAUCAGUGCAGCGCGCACAAUAUAAUAUGCAAGCUGUACCUGAAAAAGAAGGUAAAUUAAAUUAAACUAUUACUAGUUUCCAGUAAGAUUGUCUAUAUUAAGUGUCGGUUUCCAUAACCCUCUCAGUGACACUUUCAACCUCCGUUCCAUAAGCUGUGAUGUCUAAAUUGGUGCCGGUGUACGUUGUUUGGUGCCUUGCGCUCGCUUGUAGUUCAGUCUCUCCGAAUGAGGUGGCGGGCGACAAGCUAGAUGAUGUAACUCCUGAACAGGACGGUGAGCUGAAUGGGGAUUACGAGACGCUGGAGGACGAUAUGGACAACCAGGAAAAUAUCAUGACUCAGCUACUGGGUGAUUAUGACAAAGUGAAAGCGCUGUCGGAAGGGUCUGACUGCAGGUGUAAAUGUGUCGUCAGACCCCUCAGCAGGAGCGCGUGCCGGCGAAUCGAGGAAGAUAGCGCCAAGGCGCAAGACUUUUACACCGUGGAGACUCUCACUUCGGGGUCGGACUGCAAGUGCGCCUGCAUUGCCCCUCCCUCCGCUCUGAACCCCUGCGAAGGGGAUUUCAGGUUCAAGAAGCUACAAGACGCCGGGAAGGAUGACAUCAAAAUAUCAACCAUUAUGGAUUUGCUGGAAGGAGCUCUUUAUGGAAUGGAUUUGUUAAAGUUGCACUCCAUCACGACAAAACUUCUCAAUCGAGUUGAAAAUAUUGAAAAGACUGUGUCCCAGAACCACACAGAGCAGACGGUGAUGACUGGGGCAGAAGAGCAGGUCCAGACCCCGGUAAAGGAGAGCAGCACACAACCGCGAUCAGACAAGAAGAAACGCAUGCCUAUGCCCCCGCUCCAGAGGGACGCUGCCGCCACUGACACAGAACACAAGAAAGAGCACGAGGAGAAGUUUGUGGGGACACAGGGCCCAUCCAGACCCCUCCUGAAGAGGAGCCAGCCGGAGAGAGUGAUGGAGGAGGAGUUGAGGGUGGAGGAACAUCAGAAGCAAGCUCAGGUCCGACCAGGGAUGGUAAUCCGGGGGAUAACCUAUUACAAGUCCAGCAUGGAGGAGGACCAAGACAUGGACGAGCACCCUGUGGUGGCGGCAGUGGAGGAAGUUGUCAGUGGUGAUGGAUCAGUGGAUUUGGUGUUGGACCAUCUGCUCCUCAAGAGGAAACACACGGUCCCCAGAGCCAAUGAGAGAGAGAGGGUGAAGACUAAACAGCCUGCGGAUCCGGCCACCACAGCAGACAGAGGGCAGACCUCUGACAUCGGCUCAGCCCUGCCCGCCUAUAUUCCUAGCGCUACAUAUGAAAACUGGUCAAACAUUGCUCUGCUGGAAAGUUCUGCAGAAGAAACGCAUGGAACCAUCGCACCGCCCACCACUACAACAACGGCACCACUUCCAACCCCCACUACCAUUCUCCAGACUGCUGCUGCAGCCACUGAAGCCACCACGACCACUUCUGCUCCUCCACAAGAAACCACUGGGGAAACGGAAUCGCCGACCUCCACUCAUCUGACUGCAUCGCCGACCACGACUUCCACAGCCCGGCCAGCCAAAGAUGUCGCAGCGGCUAAACCCAAGUACCGAAUCAGCUGGACCGAGAGCCCAACAGAAGAAGCCAUGAGCAUGGAGCCAACAAAAACUCCUGGUGAGUGCAAGGACACCCUGGCCUCCAUCUCCGAUCCUGUGACCCACAACACAUACGGCAAACAGGAAGGAGCAUGGAUGAAGGAUCCAAAGAGCCUUGAAAACAAGAUCUACGUCGCAAACUACUACUUUGGAAACAUCCUGCUGGAAUUCCCGGACAUGGAGACCUUCAGAAAAGGACAGCCCUCCAACUCCUACAAGCUUCCAUACAACUGGAUCGGCACAGGUCACAUGGUCUACAAUGGGGCCAUCUUCUACAACCGAGCUUACUCACGUGACAUCAUCAAGUUCGACCUGAAGAUGCGCUACGUGGCAGCGUGGACCACACUACACGAUGCGGCCUUCGAGGAAGACACGCCCUGGCAGUGGCGCGGCCACUCGGACAUCGAUUUUGCCGUGGACGAAAGCGGGCUGUGGAUGAUCUACCCGGCCCUAGACGAGGAGGCUUUCCACCAGGAGGUGAUUGUCCUGACUAAGGUGAACCCCACGGACCUCAGCAUACAGAAGGAGACCACCUGGAGGACGGGCCUGCGCAGGAACUUCUACGGCAACUGCUUCGUCGUCUGCGGCGUCCUGUACGCCAUUGACAGCUUCGACCGGGCGAGAGCCAACAUCUCUUACGCCUUCGACACACACACAAACACGCAGAUGAUACCCCGACUACCCUUUGCCAACAGCUACUCCUACAACACAUAUAUUGACUAUAACCCCAAGGAGCGGGUCCUGUAUGCUUGGGACAAUGGUCAUCAGGUCACCUACAACUUAGUUUUUGCCUACUGAACAGGGGUUGUAGGAAAAAAAAAAACAAAGCUGCCCAGCACUUUUUGUAUAAAAGAAAAAAAAGGAAUAAAUGAUUUUUAUAUCAAAGUGGAUUGUAGAGCAGUCUGCACGACCCUUGUGGGUCUUUACACGUGAGGUACCAACAAUUUUUUUAAACUAGUGUCUGCCUUGCAUACGAUUUGGUUUUUUUAACCUGCUAUUUAAUGUCCACUUUUUUACCUCUAAAAGGGCUGGUCAAAUUUAAUCACUCAUUGAAGCAUGACAAGGUCGUUAUUGUACUGCUCGUUAUGACUUAACAGAAUGUACUGUAUAUACUGUAAUUUAGAAUAAACCUUAUUUCAAUACA